CUCUGCUCCGGAUGCGGAAGUGUGUGAUGGUGCCCUGGUGGUGAGUGGAGAGGCGAGAGGCGGCUAUGGAGCCUGCGGAGCUCUACUGUCCACUGGACGGACCGCAGCAGCCCGGGCCCUCGGGUCCCAACAAAAACUGGAAAAACGAGACAUCCUUCAAAAUGAAUGAGAAGAAGCAGCUGCCGACCAGCACCAGAACUCCAUCGAUACACCUCAAAUUGCAGAAACACCGGGAAUUGGCCAAGAGGGCCCUUAAGAAGAAGGCAAUGGUUGGAGGUCCGGUGUUGCAUCAGCCGAAGUCGGGGACAAAAAGGUUAGUAAAAUUCAAUAAAGGAUAUUCUGCUUUGAAGCAGCAUCCAGAAGAAUCUUUAGUUUCCUUGGAGUCUGACAGUGAUGGCGAGUUUGAAUCCAAGUAUUAUUCAUCAUCGGGCUACUCAUCAGCAGAGCAGCAAGUAAAUCAGGACCUGAACCGUCAGCUGCUGAAAGACGGCUACCACCUAGAUGAAAUACCAGAUGAUGAAGAUCUUGACCUAAUUCCUCCAAAGCCUGUUACCUCAUCAGCCUGUGCUUGUUGUCAGACAGAAAGUUCUUGCACUGUCCAGUAGUCAUGGUCCAACCACACCAUAUCAAAGGCAAAACUUGCUUUGGACAAUUGAAUUUUUGAAAGCACUCUAUACCUGACUGUAUGAAUAUAUAUAUUUUGAACUGGGAAACCACAUUUGCAUAUACGAUUUGAAAAACCUAAUGUGUGGAUUGUAAUUGUUCAUCUUUUUACACCAACUUUAGUCUGUUCCCCUUCAUUUUGUAUCAUCUGAGACUUGCCUGUUUGAGUGUCUGGAUAUAAAGCUCACUAAAUUUUUCCAAGAUUAUCUAUUGAUUUUGCCAGUUGCCUAGUCAAAAGGCAAUGGUUCAGCAUUUACUGAUGUUGCUAUGGCUAACUACUGAUUUUCUUUUUGUCCCCCCUCCCACCCCUUCCCCAAACUAAAAGACAGUGGAAGUAGACCAAAGUUUUGCGUAAAUACAAUUAACAUGCUAGAUUUUAUUCACAAGACAGGCCUGUGCACCAUCUUGAGAAGUUAACCCCGGUUAUGCACCUGACAGCUUUUAAUAGACCCGGUGUUUUUGCACAAAUUAUUUGCACAUUAAUGGACUGCAUUUUUUCAUUCUGUACAUGAAGACUGAACUUACUGGGUGACUUGGAAAGGAAGGAUUAUGAAGGCUGAAGUUCUGUUGGUCAUCAGUUGAACCUGUCGGCAAGAAUUCCACGAAUAGAGUGUCUGUCUGGCAAGAGAUUAACUCCAAGCUCUGAGCAUUUGCUAAGAUUGGGCAGUAAUAGGAAUGCUGAAUUGAACCUGAAUGGCAAGUAGCUUAAAUCUGUAUUUUCCUUUGUCUGUGGAACAUUUAACAUUUGACACUUAAACAUGUAAGUUGGAUGAACCAGCACCGGGGAAUGUUUAAUUUGUGUAGGAGGGCUCGCCACAGUUCUGGUGCAAAACCUAGCAUCCAAAAUGUGCAUAAGGUAGUUGUUUUGUUUUUGGAGACUUAGAAGCUGGGUUCUAGAGCUUAUUCACAGGGCCUGGUUCAAUAAGUUACGGACUCUGUGUCCCUAAUACAAUGUGGUUUUGAAAGAGGAUCCAUACCAUUCAUGGGGGAUGGCCAGGAAGUGACUAGGCUUGUCACACCUGGUUAGUGUCUUUGUGCAGAUCACAAAAUGGGGAAAGAAACUGAAGUGCAUAGGAUUUUAGCAGCAGGUACCGCUGAUGGAUCAUAUGAUGCUUUUCUGUCUGGGUGCCACUGUCUUUCAGAAGUGUCAUCACCAUGUUGAAAGGUUUUGGGCAGCAACAUAAAAAAAUACCUGACCAAAGUAAAGGUGGAAAUCACUGUUCUGAUUGCACUUGUGUUCAGGUGAAUAGUUGAAUGUUUGUAAUAAAACCUUACACUAAUUCUCAAGGCUAUAACAAAUGCAGUGGGCCAGAAUAAGAUAUUUACCUCAGUUUAUUCUAUUCCGUAACAAAUGGGUAUUUAAUGGAUUCAAAAGGAAGCCUCUUUAUAAUGUGUUUAGUACUUAAAUACCUUAUUUAAUCCAUCACUCCUGGGGCAUAGGCUGCUGACAGCAGCUUGUCAGAGUCCUUUGUCUUGUAGUUGAAGAUCCUUCCUCUCUUGGGGGUGAGGUCUUAGCAGUUUUUGUUGCUGUUUCAGUAGCUUGAGGUUUUUAAUGGGAUGGGGUUGCAAGUCCCAUACCCAACCCUUCUUCCGCAACCAGGCUUCACUCCGUCCAUAGUGGAGCUAAAGAGCUAGGUGCAAUAUUUGAAAUGGUUGAGAGUUCAGUUUGGCUUUUACAAUUCCACUGCAACCAAAAUGGACCUGUUUGAGGUAUCCUGAGCAUCUAGAUAGUGGAUGCUUGUUAUGAAGGCAGUGAUAAUCUGAUGCACUGAUUCUCAUCACUGGGAGUUUUUAAUUCGAUGUUCACAUGAAGUUCUGAGAGUUUGAGUUGAAAUUGGGUAGUUUUUUAAACUCGGCUCUAAAAGUCUGCACAGUGAUCUCCAUAUAGGCAACACCUGAUUUGAUACUGUCUCUUGAUUAUUAGUCCUUUAUCCAGAUCAUUCACUUUAAACAAUGCUGUUUGAUUAAAAUAUCAGUUUAAAAAGCUGAAUCAAGUUCAGCCUAUUUUAUGUUACCAGUGAUCAGGGCAGCGUCCAAAGUAUUGUUCAGUCCCUUAUUCUGAGAACCAGGUGGCCCACUCUGCACAGAAACACUAACAUAUUUAUUAUCAUUCUAGUGGUUUGCAUUUUGUGUUUGUUUUGAUGUGACAUUUUACUGUAUAUGUAAUGUUUGCUUUUCCAUUUGGGUUGCUUAAUUUGUUUAAUAUAUGCAAUGAUGUGAACUUUUUGUUCUAAUAUGCUGUCAGUUCAGCUUGGUUGAAACACUAGUUUCCCUUAUGGUUUUCAUAUACACCACCAAAAUUCUGUCUUAAUCCACAAUGCAGACUUGACGUUCCUGUGUCAUGGCUUCCAGUCACAUUGUUCUUUUAUCCUUUUUAAGAGAAAAUAGUUGACUGAAAGCUUUGUUUAAACUGUAAGGUGGUGGGGGGGGGGGGGGGGAAGGGGAGGUAAAAAGGAUUCUGCAUCGCAUAGUCCCUGGGAUUUUACCAUGCAUAUUAGUGUAUGAAAGAUGAAAGUACUUAUGUGCAAUCAUUUAUGACCCAUUUUAAUAAGCUUUUUAAAAGGAGUGGGUUAAUAUCUUCAUAAAACAGCCCACCAAAGAAUUGCUUAGCACUCAUAUUUGCACAGUUCAUGUGCUUCUAUCUAUAUUAAGAGGACAACAUGCAGAGGGGAGUGUUAUCUGUUCUGAGCAGUAAAUUGAAGACGUGCUUGGAGAAUUAUUUAUUUGUGUAGUAAGUUUUUAUCUUGAAAUUUCAGGAUUGGAGAAUUUUCUUAAAGACGUGUCUUAAGAUCUUGUACAAUGAGGUUGAAUCUCUUGGAGUGUGAGUAUGAAUUGAAGGUUAAAUGCAUGAUUAGAUUAAAUUGGGUAAUUAAUUCAUUUUGGUUUCUGGGCUCGGGUAUCCAUCAGUUGCCUUGAUUUGAACAUUGGCUGCAGCAUUCAGAAAGGUGAUGAGUGCUGCCAUCUAGAGGUGCAGCUGAAUGUUAAAGUAAAGGAAAAUCUGCUGUUGGUUAAUGUGGGUGAAGUCCAGGUGGGAUCCCUUGGAACAUUAGAUAGAGUAAAAUGCGCUCAAUAUAACUAAAAUUAUAAAUAGAUCUGAGUUUACUUUUGUUUGACUCUUCUACCAUCCAGAUUUAUUUUGCUAAGGUGAGUCUUGAAGAUUCCUUUUUGUUUUUGAUUUCCCCUUCUGUUUUAGUCAAAGUACUGUAUUAGAUCUGAUUAACAGUGAAUCAGAGUGGAAGUAUUUUUCUUGGUGUUUGUGCAUAAAGUACGAGGCAGUGUGUGGCAUCUUGGACAGAAAUCAUGACGCUGGCUCAUCAGCUUGUCUCUAGGAUUCUUUCUCAUUGACUGCAUCUCGAAUUCCAUGAUCACCCAUCAUGAUCUCAUACAUGUAGUGCAUUGGAAAAUUGACAGGAAUCCCUCAAAGGCUGGAAAUGCUUUCUUGCCCUUAUUAUCAUUCCUACACUAGCUAUUGUGUACAUUGGCAAAGGUUACUGAUGGGGUUAAUUAAAGACAAUGAUCAAAAGGCAGGUUUUCUGUUCAUCAAUAUUUAGUUGCAGGAAACUGCCCUUGUUGUUUAUUAUGGUGAAUACUACAAGGUGCAUUGAGUAAUUGAUAGCACUGUAGAGAACUGUGCAAAUUGUGAACAUUCUGAAGAGCUAAACAGUAAAGGAAAAUAAACUAACCCCAUUCACGGUUGAGGUUAGUGUGGUUGUAAAUUAGCUCAUCUGUUGAAACUUGUCUGUAUGCUACAGAACUGCAACCCUGGUCAGGCAUUGAAUGCCACAAUCUCCAAACUUCGCACACAAUCCUAUUAAAAAGGCUCUGAUUUGGCAGAUGUGCGUUAAAAGCUUUGACAGUUGCUUUUUGCUGAGGUUGCUUGUGAGGUGUUUUGGCGCAGAGCUGCACCUCAUCCGCAAUGGUCUUCAACAAGCCGGAUUCUUCGGCACUUGGUUUCAGCUGUUUCAUUUUGGAGAAUGGAAAGGCAAGCUAUGUAGUACUCUGGUAAGCCGGCAGCCUAUUAAUGUCCUUGUACACGCUGUUUGGCACAUCAGAAAAAGCUUAUGGUAUUGUAACUGGGUUUAACUUUGAGAGUGGGGAGGGGAGGGGUGACAAAGAGAUUAGAUUUGGUAUUAUUUUGCAGCUGGAUAAAUGUGUUUAGCCUAGGCAGAGAGUACCUCCAAUUAGACCAGUUCUGCCUGCAAUCGGUCCAUUAGUAUCAAUGCUGUACAAACAUCUGUGUGGUGGACCUUGUUCAAGAGAGUUGUUGUGGAUCAAGUUCAUUCUAAGGUACCUGAGCACGUCUUGGGUUAUGGGUCUUGGACCCAAACAGAAGUUAUUAAUAGGAAAAAUAGCAAGGUCAUAGUUUGUAAUGCUGUUGCUUAUAAAGCCUGUAAUUACUGCGAUUCAGUUUUAAAAUAAAAUGGCAUUCUCAUGUUCUUGCUCUUUGAACUGUAGGUCAGGAUCGAUGAAAUGUAAAGGGAUGUUAAACAAGAUUUUUGUACACACAAGUCUAAAAUUCCUAGACAACUCUAACCAUGGGAUUUCUGUGAACAUUGAUGUGGAUGUAUUUAAGAAUUGAAUGUAAUACUUUUAUGUUGUGCUCUCUGGCAAUUCUGGAUUGCAAAAAUGCACUGGGCUAUCUGAGUCCUGAAACAUUUGAAGUUUUGCCAUUUAGGCAAAUGCUUGCAGAACAUAAAAGAUUAAAUAUUUUGUCUGUGCAAUACAUAGACUUAAGUACAUUUUAUUAAAUUGCAUUUAUUUUUUGUAUGUUGGUAUGGCAGAUUAAAAUAAAGAAUGCUUUAAAGGAA